AGGCGGUGUAAUAGUUGAUUGGUGGACGCAGCAAUCGCUCAUCACAGGUUGUUACUGAUGGAAGAUGAAACGUAAAUGAUGUAUAAAAACUUGUUAUUGAAUAAAAGUGAAUAAAUAUAUAGCGCAAAAUGGCCGACGCCCGUUACAACUACAAGACACUGCUUUGCACCAACAUACCGGAACUUUUCCUCGACAAAUUUGUGGCGCGCACGCAUUUCGGACGCUUCGGCAACUUGGUGAACUUUGUGCUGCGCCCACGACGCAUGACAUGCACGGUCAGCUACGCGAACGAAGCGGAGGCAGCCAAAGCUCUAAAGGAAGGCAACAUCUACAAUGGCCACAGAUUUGAAUUGAGUUACAUGGAGAACGAGUCGUCACCCGCCCAAAAAACGGAGGAAUGGGUGGACCCUGAUGUGCAGGCGGAGCUGAGUGCGCUCAGUUCGGUGGCCUGGACGGGCGGCAAGACUUUCGCCGAUGCUGUCAAGACGGUCAACAAAACGCCGGUAGAACGUGAUCGUGGCAACAAGGAGAAGGAACGCGAAAGGGAGCGAGAACGUGAGCGGGAACGUGAGCUUCAGCGUGCCCCAGCGCACUACAAGACAACCAAGCUAGAACUGGAGAGCAUUAUGCACAAGGCGGCGCACAGCAGCGAGGAAAAGUAUCGUGUGCUUGAUGCCCGCGACAAAUUGAUGCGUCUGCAACAGCGUUUGGACACCGCUCAGCCGCAACAUGGCCUGCAGGGUCAUUGUCCCGACAUGUGUCCCGAGAAGGAGCGUGUGCUGCGUGAGUUUCAGCGUCAGGUGGCCGCCUAUGAACUGCAGCCGUAUUCGGAUCAAUUGAUUGCCCACGAGUUGGCGCUGAAGCAAUAUUCGCGUAGUAGUGCCGAUCAGGAGACACCGCUGCCGCACGAAUUGCGCGACGAACAGGCGCUGCACAUGACAAUGAGCUAUCUGAUGCACGAGAUCAUGGAUCGCAGCGAGCAAGUGAAUGCGAAUCUGGGCGAUUGGUUUCACUUCGUUUGGGAUCGCACACGUUCCAUACGUAAGGAGAUCACACAGCAAGAGCUGUGCUCGCUGGGCGCUGUCAAACUGGUGGAGCAAUGUGCCCGCUUUCACAUCCAUUGCACGGCUCGUCUGGUGGCCGAGGAUCCCAGCGUCUUUGACAUGAAGAUCAAUGCGGAGAACUUGACGAAAUGCCUGCAAACACUCAAGUACAUGUAUCACGAUCUGCGGCUCAAGGGUGUCGAGUGUCCGCGUGAGGCCGAAUUCCGUGGCUACAUUGUGCUGCUCAAUCUGGCGGACGCGAACUUUCUGUGGGACAUUGGCCAGCUGCCGGUGAAGCUGCAGAAUUGCGAGCAAGUGCGUCGCGCCAUUCGGUUCCAUUUGGCCUUGCAGGACACGAACUUUGUGCGCUUCUUUCAAAUGCUGCGCGAUCCACAGACCAGCUACUUGGAGGCCUGCAUCCUCAUCAGCUAUUUCACCCGGCUGCGCAUUCUGGCGCUGCAGCGUCUGCUUGCCGCGUAUCGUGCACCGCGCAAGCACGAACGCUCCUCGUUGCCCGUCGCCUAUGUGCGCCAGAUGCUCGACUUUCAGGACGAUGGCGAGGCUGAAGAGUUUCUCGAGAGCUGUGAUCUCAUUGUCAACGAAACCGGGUGCGUUGUCUACAGCAGCAAACGGGUCGAGCCACCGGAGCACUACACACUGCAGCGGCAAUUGGAGUUGGUGGAAUCGAAGCGCAUGCAAACGGUGGGCGAAUGCAUCUGUGGCGAAGAGCUGCCGCCCAAGUCGCUGUAUCAAUCGCAUCGGCCGCACAACAGCUUCAAUGCGCAGGGCUUUCUGAAGAGCGGCGCCUGGACGGCAAAGGAUCAGUUGCGCAACAGCGUCGAGCACGAGGAGGAGGAGCAAGAGGAGCUGCCUCCGCCCAAGGAGCAGCCAGCAACUGUUGUUGCAAUCAGCAGCGUCGUACAACCCGCCAAGGACAGCAGCAAUAUAUUCAAAGUGCCGCUCUUCUCGGCACCAAUAUCACCCAAGUUGAAAGCAGCAACUCCGCCGCCUCAAGCACAUCAACAGCCAACACAACAACAACAACAACAGCCAAGCAAAAGCUUUAGCUUUGUGGCUCAGCCAUCGCAACAACAACAGCAACAACCAGCAGCGACAAGCACAUUUAGUGGCAACAUCUUCGAGGUGAAGCCGAGCAGCAACGCCUUGGGUGGCUUUAGCUUUGCGGCCGCUAAGCAAACAGCAGCAGCAAAUACGACGCUCAUCACACAAGAGCAGCAGCAGCGACAACAAAAAGCGGCCGCCGAGGAGGCUAAGCUGGCGGCACUGCAGCAGGCGAUAGCGGCAGCCAAGCAGCGUGAACUGGAGCUACUCGAGCUGCAGAAGGCCAAGGCAGCGCAGCAGGAACGUGCGCGUCAAGCGCGUCAACUGGAGCAGCAACAGUUGCUGCAGAAACAGCAGGAGCAGCAACAACAGCAGCAGCAGCAACGCGCCGAGGAAGAGCAGCGACAGCAGCGUGCGCGUCAAGCGGCCGCCGAGGCGGCACAACAAGCAGCAGCUGCCGCCGCCGCAGCCGCCGCGGAACAGAAGCGUCAGCGACAACUCGAGAAACAGGCGGAAUGCGAGGCGAAGAGUCGCCAGCUGUUGCAGCAACUGUUGCAGCAGCAAAUCGAAGAGUUGUGCGCCCACGAAAAGCAGCUGCAUAACAAAGCGAUGCAAUGCUACGACACGCUGCUGGAGCAGGAGAUUGAGCAGCUGGUGCGCAGCCAGACGCUGCGCGCCGACUACGAGCUGCGACUGAUGCGCGAAUAUUGGCAACGUUGGCGCCGCUAUCGUCGCGUGCAGCAGGAGAAAAAGGCGCUCUUUGCCAGCCUCCCGCUGAGCUUUGCCGGCGAAUCAAGCGAUCAGCUGCUGGACAUGCGCAAUGCGGCGCCAGCAUUGCGUCUGAUGCGUCGCUAUCGCCAAGGCGCCGCUUGUGAUUAUCGGCAGCUGCUCGCCGGCCUGGAGGAGCAGUGUUGGCUCAAGCUGGAUCUGUGGGAGCUGUUGGCGCGCACUUUAACGCCACAGCAGCCGGGCGUGCGUCGCUUCUACAAGCUGCUGUUGUCGCUGCCCGCCGGCCCAGCAGGUCAGGUGGUGGAGCAUGCCUUAGAUCGUGGUCUGCUGCAGCAGCCGCUAGAGGAACAACAUUCGACUGCCAGCAGCAACAACAACAACAAAGCUGGCUAUAUCAAUGGACUUUCCCGUGGCGUGGCAUUGUGUGUGCAAAAGUUGCUCGGUUUGCCGCAAGAUGUGCGACAGCUGUACCACUCCGAUGGCAUUGUUUGCUAUGUGCAUGGCGAGCAACUGGCGGAGGCACAGCAGCGAUUGCAGCUGCUGGCGCGGCAUAGCAAUUGCCGACAUGUGGCGCUCAUUCUGCUGCCCUCGCAACAGCAGCAACAAUUCAAUGUGGAGACGCUGAAACUGCAGGUGCAGCAACUCUUUCAAACGCAUCACAUCUUUGGCACCCGCACGCCAACGCUGGGCAAGCAGAAGCAACAGCUCGUCGCUCUCCUACAGUGUGCCGUGCAAUUUGUGGCCAAGCAGCCGCAUCGCAGUCGCAGCGCAUUGCAGCAACGCGAACUGCGCGAUUGGUUGCUCUGGCAUCUGGGCGAUGAGCUGUUCCAACGUCUGCGUUUCGCCGCCAAGCAGGAUGUCACAAUUGGCCAGCGUUGCCGGCAGACGCCGCAGUUCUGUGUGCGUCUCUACAACGAGGCAGUGCGUCGACUGCAGCUGAUCGCUGGCGAAUCGCUCGAGGAUCGUCCGCAAUUGCCGCAAGAGUUGCGUGCCUAUGUGGAGCCAUUGUCAUCGCUGUUGCCGCUGCCCAAUCGAUUGGAGUACUUUGUGGACGGUUGGCAGCGUGACGAGCAGCGUUCCAAGAUUGUGCAGUUGCUGGAGCAGGCCAAGCUGCCAGAGAUGUCGCCACUGCCGCGAGCGCAGCUCGAGUUCUGUGAGUGGCUGUUGGAUUAUGCGCAACGCAGUCAGUCAUCGAUGCAGCCAGAAACGGAGGUCGAAGCGGUAGCAUUGCGUGCCAUACAAACGCUGGAGCUGCAAAUGCGGAGAGAUGCAGUAAACUAUCUGGAUAUUGUGGAGAUCUUUGCCAAGGAGCGUUUGCAAUUGUUGUUGGAACAAGCAGCCAACACGCUGCCCGCAGCGAUUGUCUACAGACGCCAGACAAUGCAGCGCACGUUUGAGUCGCAUUGGUAUUACGAGUGGCAGCCACCAGAUGCGGCUGCAGUUGCCGAAGCGGCAGAGAAACUGCAAGAAAUGGCCGAGCAGGAGGAGGAAGAGGAGGAGCUAUUGCAACAGCAACAGCAGCAGCUGAAACCCAUCGAUGAGCUGAGCUUCGAGCAAGUUCUGGGCCGUGCCCAAGCCGUGCUCGACAAGUUCCAGCAGCAGCGUAGCGAUCAUGAGCGUCGCACUUUAGGCGACCUAAAUGCGCCGCUUGGCAAACUGCAGCGUGCCAUUGAACGUUGCGACAACACUGCCAUCAACAAGCCAGAGGAGCCCGCUAUCUCUUCAUCUGUAUCGUCUUCGUUGUCGUUGACAAGGUCGUCAUCAUCGCCACCGAAACAGCGAAAGCCACUUGAACAAGCCGAGAACCUGCCAGCCAUGAAACGAGCUCGUCUCAGCGGCCCAUCAACAGCAGCACAAGAUUCCUUGCGUGAUGAGUCGGCUGCGUUGCUCGAUCGCACCGAGCGUCUGAUCAAUAGCUGUCAAACGAGCGAACAGCGACGUCUGCAAACGAUGCGGCGUGCCAAGAAAUUUUUAUAACUCUCGUCACAUUUUUGUACUAUACAAGCGCCAAUAAACAAGUUCAUUUCAAUUUAUUUUCACGAUUUAUUUAUGUAAAUGUUGUACCAAGAAUGUUUUCUUAUUGAUUUCCAAAAUUUUUAAAAAUGCCCCAUUUUUAAUAUAGAUUUUAUUUGUUAGGAAUGGGGUUAAACAGCAUGCCACAUUAAACAAUUAAAGCCAGCAAUGAUUAAAUUUUGAAAUCGGACAAAUAUUAGCAAUGAUUUGCAUUAUUUUAAAUUGUCCCUCAAAUUAAACGCAGAUUAAUAGGACGCUUCAAUUCUUUCAUAAUUACAGUUACAACUUAAAUAUUUAACAGAAUGGGUUUUAAAUAACUUCAAUUUAAAGUACAUACUUUAUUUUGUUAUACCCAUAAAUGAGGGAAUCCCCUUAGAUAAAUAUUUGCAAUAUGGCAACACUGGCAAUCACUUGCAUAAUAAUAGAGCAACACUGUCCCCAAAGUGCAAGUGUAAUAAAACCGAUAAUUUUUGAAAGCAGUAUUUUUCUCAACUGUCAAUUUGGUAUAUUUUGAAAUAACGGUCACGCUGCUUUUUGUUUGAAGUGCUAACAAAUACAAAUAGAACAAAAAACAAAAUAAAAAACAUGCACUGCAGUCACUAUUCAACGCUCAGAUCAAAAUUUUAUAAUUAUAACCAGACCAAAUUUACAUAUAUUUUUUCGUACUCCAACUAAAGUCAAAAUUAUUAAUCGACGGACAUUAUCUAGCAACAGAGAUAUCAAGACCCAUUUUUCUAAUAACAUUUGACUGCUUUUCAAUAUUUCCUAUCCGUUUUUUUUACCAUCUUAACAAUACAAUAUUAACGAUGAUGAACAAUCUGUCGUCGGGAUGCUGCAGCAAUACAUGGAAAAUGCUGCCCAGGCAGGGCAUGAUCUGGUGGCAAAUGUAUCGAUGCAAUGUAAUGCAAUCGAUAAAACGUAUCGAGAACAAGCUGAUGGCAUUUGGUGGCCAGGAUCCGCAAGCAACAGUGCCUGUGGUGCAACGCAAUGCGAGAACAAUGGUGCCACAGCAUCGCUUUGGCAUGUGGUGCAAAGCAAUGAUGCUACCCACAUCGUUUGCCUGGACGGGAUUGCAGCCGCAACGGGCCUACGUGACAAAACCGAAACACAAUCGAUACGAUAAGUUUGGCCGCAAAAUCGAGAAAAAUGACAACGAACAGCAGCAAAAGGAUGAGCAGCAAACAACGACGAAAAAUAAAUGCGGCACAAGUGGGACCAAAUUGACAGCGGAGAGUAAUCUAAAUAAGAAGAGCACUGAGAAAUGCCGCAGUGUGGCCAAACAGCGAACAGCGCGCUCACACAAGUUGGACAUUCGAUUGGCGGCCGAAGGACAAUUGGAUAACAAGGCCACACUCGAUUAUGGCAAAUCGAAAAUAACGCGCCAUUUCUAUUUGAAAAACAAGUACCUCUUGAUGGAUAAGACGACGUCGGGUCGCAACAAACGCAAAGGAGGCUAUUAUACUCUUAAAGUGUCGACCAAGUCAACAGCGGAACCACAGAGUACAAUAAAAAAACGACAAAGGUCAACUGAUCGUUCAGAUAUCAAGUUUAAAUCGGAGCAAAGUGGACUUAAGCAUUUGCUGGCAGAUCUGUUGGACAGAAAGCCCAAAAAAGAGCAGUCCCCGAAUUAUGAAUAUAUGAAAAGUUCGCCCAUCUUUAAAUUGAUCACACAUAGCGCUGAGCGUCGCAAUUGUUUGCGUGCUGGUUUCUUUCACAAACAACUUGAAAUACCCACAAUCUUUAAGCAUCCGUUGGACAAUCUUCGUAGACGAAAGAUCAAUACAGUGCGACGUACGAUUCUUGGCCCAAGCGAAAAUCUAAUUGAGAAGCGAACGAAGAGUGCCCUGAAAACGAAGUUAUGUCUUCUUCUACAAGAUCACAAGGAUCAGGACGAUGAUGUAGACUAAUUAAUAAAGUGACUAAUGCGGUAUCAAUUUUAAAGUGUGUCAUACAUUCUAUUGGUUGCCAUGGUGAAUCAAAAUUACUUAUAUACAUAUGUACAUCUACAUAUAUAGAUUGGCAUAUAUAUACAUGUAUAUAUAUAUAUUGCUACUUGUAAAUAAAUUUUUGGUUAUGUGCGUGAUUCUUCUUCAAUAA